CAGAUACGGAUCUUGAUUUCUGAAUGUCAUGUUAUUUGCACUCGGGGCACUGUGUGGUCGCGGUUAUCAGGGCAUCAUCAGUCGAGCUCAACCUUUUACAAAGGCUUCUGUGUCUUCUGGAUCAAUGCGGCUCCACCUGAUCGGAUGAGCAGCACCAUUCACCUGUGAGGUUCCGGUUGCCACGACACCAGGAUGGACGCGACCCCCGCGGCCGAGGCCGUCACCGCCCCCGGCGGCAACCAGUCCGCCUGCUCCACCCUGUACGACCACCGGGACACGGCCAGGGUCCUCAUGCCGCUCUUCUACUCCGUGGUCUUCGUGGUGGGGUUGCUAGGCAACGGCCUGGCCCUCCACGUCAUCCGGCCCAACAUGAAGAAGAUGAACUCCACCACGCUGUACUCGCUCAACCUGGUGCUGUCCGACAUCCUGUUCACGCUGUCGCUGCCGCUGCGCAUCGUGUACUACGCGCUGGGCUUCCACUGGUGCCUCGGCGAGGCGCUGUGCAAGCUGUCGGGCCUGGUCUUCUACAUCAACACCUACGCCGGCGUCAACUUCAUGACGUGCCUGAGCGUGGACCGCUUCAUCGCCGUGGUGCUGCCGCUGCGCUUCGGCCGCCUGCGCCGCGUGAGCAACGUGCGCUACAUCUGCGGCGGCGUGUGGCUGCUGGUGCUGGCGCAGACGCUGCCGCUGCUCGCCAUGCCGCUGACCCGCGCCGAGCCCGACGGCUUCGUCACGUGCAUGGAGUACCCGGCCUUCGAGCGCGUGCCCGGCAUCGCCGCCGUGCUGAUCGGCGCCGUGUUCCUGGGCUACGUGGCGCCGGUGGUCACCAUCCUGGCGUGCUACUCCGUGCUGUGCUCCAAGCUCCGCCUCUCGGCGCGCACCAACCACCUGACGGAGAAGUCGGGCCGCAGCCGCAAGGCCAUCGGCGUGAUCUGCUGCGUGUCGCUGGUGUUCGUGGUGUGCUUCAGCCCGUACCACGUGGACCUCCUGCAGUACAUGAUCCGCAAGCUGGCGUCCAGCCCCGGCUGCGCCGACCUCACGGCCUUCCAGGUGUCGCUGCACGUCACCGUGUGCCUCAUGCACCUCAACGCCUGCCUGGACCCCUUCGUCUACUUCUUCGCCUGCAAGGGCUACAAGCGCAAGCUGCUGAAGCUGCUGCGGGUGCAGGCCAGCGUGUCCUUCUCCAGCGCCGUGCGCACGUCGCCCGAGGACUCGUCCCGGGACGUCGUCGACGGCAACAAGAUCCACCUCAACAGCUGCACCGUCGGCAGCACGGGCGAGAGGCCCUCGGAGCGCCGGUCGCACCGGUUCGAGUGAAGGAGCGGCCCCGGACCGACGCCCUGAGCGCGGCCUCGCUCGGGAGGAAUGCGGCGCCGGCUCGUGUUUGCACGAAUUCACCGGUGAUUUGCUCAGGGACGGUGAAUGCAGCAGGAAACUGUGUCGAUGAAGCGUGCGCGGCUCCCGUCCGCAGAGGACGGAGCAAUGCAUGAUGGGAGACGCGCAUGGACGCAAAAUACUGACUUUACAGCAGCACAUUGACAUUUGCAACUGCAGUGACCUCAACGGCCUCGCGCUAAAUGCUAACGGGACGAACGGUGACGUUGUUAUUUGGAACCUUUGAGCUUCAGUUCCUCGAUUGCGACAUCACGCGCGAUCAUAACUCAUCCCUUCAAAGCGCGACACGAGGCCUAAACGAUGGCGGCCAAUAGAGCGAGGCGCUGUUUUGAAGUUUUCUCCGUUAGUUUUCUGGGAUUAAUUUCUGUUCCCACAAAGAGUCGACGCUCACUCGCCUCUUCCUCAUUUUACACCUGCUCCUCGGUUCCUCAGUGGAGACGCUGAGGCCGACGUGCAUCGACAGCCUGUUGUUCUGCCCUGUCUAUAAACAUAACGCCUGAAACAAUAUCUGAAAUAAAACGUCUCCAUGUUCUUA